CAACUGUCAGCUCAUUCCUUCCAAUAUCACCCAUCGCCGCGUGGUGCUGUGGUGUUUAGACUUGAUUGUUAUUUUCCGGGUUUUCGUGUGGAAAUAACAAAUAAAACCAGCCAAGAUGAGUUUGUACAACUUUAAAAAGAUAAUGGUGGUUCCGCCAGCAAAGGACUUCAUCGACAUUAUGUUGUCGAAAACGCAACGUAAGACGCCUACCGUUGUACACAAAGGUUACAAGAUCUCCCGGAUCCGUGCCUUCUACACGCGCAAAGUGAAGUUCACGCAACAGAGCUUCCACGACAGGCUCACGCAGAUUAUUCAGGACUUCCCGAAGUUGGACGACGUGCAUCCGUUUUACGCUGAUCUGAUGAAUGUUUUGUACGACAAGGACCAUUACAAAUUGGCCCUGGGACAGCUGAAUACAGCCAGACAUCUGAUUGACAAUGUUGCGAAGGACUACGUAAGGCUCCUCAAAUACGGAGACUCUCUGUACCGAUGCAAGCAGUUGAAAAAGGCAGCUUUGGGUCGAAUGGCUACGAUUAUGAAGCGCCAAGGCUCAAACCUCACUUAUUUGGAGCAAGUUCGUCAGCAUUUGUCUCGUUUGCCCAGCAUCGACCCUUACACCAGAACCAUCAUCAUCUGCGGUUUCCCGAACGUAGGCAAGUCGAGCUUCAUCAACAAAAUCACCCGAGCAGAGGUCGAGGUGCAACCCUACGCGUUCACCACCAAAAGCUUGUUCGUCGGCCACACCGACUACAAAUAUCUCCGCUGGCAGGUGAUUGACACCCCCGGAAUCCUUGACCAUCCUCUGGAAGAAAGAAACGUUAUUGAAAUGCAGGCCAUUACGGCACUGGCUCACUUGCGAGCGUGCGUGCUGUACUUCAUGGACAUUUCCGAACAGUGUGGCUACUCUUUGGAGGAGCAGGUUAAGCUUUUCGAGAGCAUCAAGCCCCUCUUCACAAACAAGCCCUUGAUCCUUGCUCUCAACAAAAUCGACAUCCUAGGAAUUGAUGAGCUGUCGCCUGAGCGAAAGGAAAUCAUCACGAAAUUGCAGGAAGACAAAGAAAUCCCGGUGAUGCCUAUGUCAACUGUCAGUGAGGAAGGCGUAAUGGAGGUCAAAAUGGAAGCCUGUGAGCGACUUCUUUGCUAUCGCGUUGAUCAGAAAAUGCGUACCAAGAAAGUGGAUAACAUUCUCAACAGACUUCACGUCGCCAUACCAAAAGAACGCGACAAUAAGGAGCGUCCUCCAUGCAUCCCUGAGGCCGUUCUGCUGAAGAAACAGGCUGCCGCAGAGAAGGCUGAACGCAGACGCAAGCUGGAGAAGGAGAUCGAAGAAGAAUUGGGAGACGACUACGUUCUCGACCUCAAGAAGAACUACACAACCAUCCCGGAGGAGGAGCGCUACGAUGUCAUUCCCGAAUUCUGGGAAGGACACAACAUUGCAGACUACAUCGAUCCCGACAUCUUCGAGAAACUCGAAGAACUCGAGCGUGAGGAAGGUCUUCGUGAAGACUCUGGUGUGUAUAAGGUGCCAGACAUGACUCUGGACGACACACUAAAAGAAAUCCGCGCAAUGGCCGAACAAAUCCGGGGCAAGAGAUUCCUCCUUCGCGACGAAAAACGACUUGCAAACAGGAAGAACAAAUCAACGAUUCCACGUCACAAGCAGCCGCGCGUCCGCGAUCGCAGUGUCACAAAACUCAAAGAAACCAUGGAGAACCUGGGCGUCGAUAUGUCCGGCACCGAGGAAGCGAAUUUCACAAAGAACGUGGUGGAUAUUCGACGAGCUAUUGUGCAAGUCGGGCCCGGGGCUAAGAAGCCUAAACUGGACAAGGAGCAAGCUGCUGUUGUGCGAGCCACUGGCAAACCUCUUAAGAGAGCUCAGUCACGUGACCAACUGGGUGUUAAGAAUGUCGCCAUGAAGAAGAAGGCACAGAUGAUGGCACGCAAGGAUAUUGCCAAGAAGGUUAAGAAAUACGGACUCAAGGGCGAGGCAGAUCGCUUCAUUGGAAAUAAAAUGCCAAAACAUUUGUUCUCAGGAAAGCGAGGGUCUGGCAAGACAGACAGGCGGUAAAGUCCGCUGUGAUUGUUUAGGAGUAUCUUGUAACUUGCGCUUAGUUCUAAUAAUAAAUAUCUAUUUUUACGUUGCAAA